AGUCCAACUUGAAGGUUAUUCUCCUCCUUCUUAUUCCCUCUCAACUUUCUCACCUCUUUGCCUUCAAACCCAUUUCACAAGCCAUAUCCAACUUUCCCUUCUCAAACCUUCUUUCUCCUCUGCAUCUUCACCCCCACAUGUUCUUCACCUUUUCCUUUGCAAAACUCAGAAGUUUCAGAGUGUUUUAGCAUCUGGGUUUCUCCCAUUUCUGUGAAAACUUGCAGCUGAAAGCUGAAUCCAGAGACAGCAACAUGGUUGCACCGCCAGAGUCAAAUGACACAUUGGGUGAGUCCAAUACCGUUGAGCUAACAGGGAAGAUCAUGGUGGUAGCUGUGAUUUUCCUCUUCAUGGUUGUUGUGUUUGUUCUGUUACUUCAUCUCUACGCCAAAUGGUUCUGGUGGCGCAUUGAGGAAAGCACAGCUCCUCAGCCACUGCACCGGCGGCGGCGCCGCCGCCGCUUUGUCUUUGCACCUGGUCAAGACCCGGUUGUCUAUGGUGCUAACCAAACUGGGCUUGACCCUGCAGUUCUUAAGUCCUUGCCGGUGUUGGUGGUCAAACCAGAGGAUUUCAAAGAUGGUUUGGAGUGUGCAGUUUGCAUCUCUGAGAUUGUUGAAGGCGAGAAGGCAAGGCUGUUACCUAAAUGCAAUCAUGGGUUUCAUGUGGAUUGUAUAGAUAUGUGGUUUCAAUCCCAUUCUACCUGCCCUCUUUGUAGAAACCCUGUUGCCUCUGAAUCCUGUAAACCCAAUGGUUCUUCAAAUGCUGAAGAGAAUGUUUCAGGGGAUAGUGAGCAAUUAGAAGCUGAAAAUUCUGGUGCUAUGGAUGGCUUAGAGGCUUCAAAUUUUCCCACAAAUGUUUUAGUUUGGGGGGACCAGACCCAAGUAGCUUCCUUUGGUGUUUCCUUGGAAGAAGGCACUUCUCAACAGCCACCCUGCACCUCAUCAUCUCCUUCAGCUAGUGAUGGUAGAUGUCAUGGCAUGUUGGUGAUUGAUAUACCAAAUGAGUUCACUUCUUCCUCUUUAUCACCUUCUGGGAAUAGGUGUGUUGAAGAUGAUUUGAAAUCACCAAUGACAACCAGAUUAAGGUCAUUUAAGAGGCUCUUAAGCAGAGACAAAAGGUUGAGUCCUUGUAGUCCAAGUUCUAUAGAUGUGGAACAAGCUCAAAGCUAGAAAAUUUGUACUGUUAUUCAUUGAUUAUUUUAAUAUUUUAGAAGAGUUCCUCUUGCUGAGAGAUUAGCUCUCAAAGAGAGAGAGUGAUGCUACUUCCCUUCUAAUACUUGUGCACAUAUUGGCUAAAGUUGCCUAAUUUCUGUAGUGUCUUGUUUACACAAUCAUUUUCUUUUUUUAAUCUGUUCAUGUAGCACAUUAAGCAAAUCGUUUGAAGUGUUUACAUUGUAAAAAUGACAGGUUCCUUUGUAGUAAAAGGGUAGAAAUACCCAGAUUGUUUUAUAGCAGAUGAAUUUUAUU